AUGUCUUUUUUUUAUUUCCUUUUUUUCUUUACUUCUAUGUAUUUCUUUCUUUCUAUUCUUCUGCGUUUCGUUCUUCAUUAUAAUCUGUAUUUUCUCUUUCUUUCCUUCUGUCUUUAUCACUUUCAUUUAUUCUGUAACUCUUCUUCUUUAUUUCCUUCUUCCUACUGUUUUUUCUUUAAUUCUUUCUUGAGUUCCUUCUUGCAUUUUUUCAAUUUUCAUUUGUUUUUCUUUCCUUUCUUCUUUCAUUUUUUGUUAUUUUCUUCUAUGUUUAUAUACUUAAUUCUGCAUUUCUUUGCUUAUAUUUUUCUUUUAUUUCACUGCCUUUCAUUUUAUCUGUCUUUCUUUCUUUCAUACUGUAUUUAUUUAAUUAUUUCGUUCCGUUUUUCUUUCCGUAUGUAUUUCUUUAUUUCAUUCUAUCUUUCUUUCCUCAUCACGUUUCUUUCUAUCGUCUUUAUUUCAUCACGUCUUUCUUUCUUUUCAUCUUCUUUCUUUCUUUCCUUAAGUUUUUGCUUUAAUCGAUUGACUCUUUACUUCUUUCUUUUCUUAAAUAUGCCUCACUUUCUUUCUUUUUUACUAUUUUUAUGUCUUGCUGCUUACUAUCUUAGUAUUGUGUUUCUUGUUCUUCACCAUCUGUUUCUUCCACUUCUUUUUUCUUUUUCUUUUCUUCGUGUGGCUUUGCUUCAGCUUGUCGUCGUCGACGUUUUUGUUGUUCUUCUUCUUCAGACACUUAUUUCCCAUUUUCUGCUUCUUCUUCAUCUUCACCAUUGUUUCUGUUUCAUUUCUUUCGCUUCAUCCUCUACUACUACUACUACUACUACUACUACUACUACUACUAUUACAGCUGUUGCUUCUCUCUACUUCUUCUUCUAUUUCUACUUUUCCGACUUCUUCUUCCUUCUGCAAUUAUGA